AAGGUAAUGGAGUCUUCCGAUCCCAAAGGAGCUGAGCUUCAUCCUCCUCCCGCCAUUAUUCCUCCAAAAGUUGUCCCAACUGUGGCAGAAGGAAAAUCUGUUGAAGUGUUUAAGAAACCAUCGACUUCUAAACUUGUUCCCAUGUCAAGGCCAGGCUUUGGAUCUAGAGGAAAAAACAUCCAACUAACAACUAACCAUUUCAAAGUGGGAGUGAAAAUUUCGGAUGGCUACUUUUUCCAUUAUAGUAUUGACAUGUUUUAUGAGGAUGGAACCCCAGUUACAGCGAACGCUAUUGGACGCAAAGUUGUUGAAAAAGUUAAAGAGACAUAUGACAGGGAUCUAGGACGAAAAGAAUUUGCUUAUGAUGGACAGAAGAACUUGUUUACUGUUGGCUCUCUCCCUCAUAAAAGACUCGACUUUGUGGUAGUAUUGGACAACAUCUCGUCAAGCAGGCGAAUUGGGAAUGUUGGAGGUAGUAGUAGUUACGACCCAGCUGAGAGUGGAAGCGAUAGGAAGAGACUUAAGCAUUCAUUUCAAUCCAAAACAAUAAAGGUGCUGAUAAAUUAUGCUACUAAAAUCCCAAUGCAAGCGAUCGUAAAUGGAUCACGAGGUCAGGAUUCAAAGGAGUUUCAGGAAGCAGUUAGAGUUCUGGACAUCAUUCUAAGGCAGCAUGCAGUAAAGCAGGGUUGUCUCCUUGUCCGACAGUCUUUCUUCCGUAACAAUCCAAGGAAUCCAGACUUGGGAGAAGGCUUGUCAGGCUGCUCGGGCUUCCAUUCAAGUUUCCGAGCUACCCAAGCGGGUCUUUCCCUGAACAUGGAUGUAUCCACUACAGUGAUCAUAAAACCAGGUCCCGUUUUGAACUUCCUCUUGGAGAACCAAAAAGUUAAUCACCUUCGCCAUAUUGAUUGGAUCAAGGCUAAAAGGACGCUAAAAAAUCUACGGAUCAGGAUCGAAUCCUCUGGUAUGGAGUACAAAAUCACUGGAUUGAGUGACGAUUCCUGCAAAGAGCAGACGUUUUUUCUAAAAAAGAGUAAAGGACAAGAUGGUGACGGAGAAGAAGUUACUGUUUAUGACUACUUUGUUCGCCAUAAACACAUACCUGUACGUGAGUCAGCAGAUUUUCCAUGCAUCAAUGUUGGGAAAGCAAAGCGGCCAUCUUUCUUUCCACUUGAGCUUUGUACCUUGGUUCCAUUGCAACGCUAUACCAAAGCCUUGUCCACUAAGCAAAGGUCUACACUAGUGGGGGAGUCCCGGCAGAAGCCCCAGGAGCGGAUUUCAGUUUUGCAACGUGAGCUGAGAAGUAGUAACUACAAUGCUGACCGGAUGCUUCAAUCUUCUGGAAUAUCAAUCAGUCCUGAAUUUAUGCAGGUUGAAGGCCGUGUGCUGUCAGCCCCAAGGUUAAAAGUGGGCAAUGGGAAUGAUUUUUUCCCCCGGAAUGGGCGCUGGAAUUUCAGCAAUAUGAGUUUUGUGGAACCGGUAAAAAUUGAGACGUGGGCAAUUGUCAACUUCUCUGAUUUCCGUGACAUUGAUUUCCUGAUCAAAACUAUGUUGAAGUGUGGAGAUAUGAGAGGAAUUGCCAUACAUCCUCCAAGUCAUGUAUUUCAAGAGAAAAAUCAGCAUAAGCGCGAGCCAGCUGCGGUCCGAGUGGACAAGGUGUUUGAAGAAAGAGGAUUGAGAAUUAAGAAAGAAAUACCAAAGCUUCUGCUGUGUAUUCUUCCUGAGAGGAAUAACAUAUAUGGUCCAUGGAAAAGGAAAUGUCUCUCCGAGGUCGGGGUUAUAACACAGUGCAUUAUCUGGAAGGGUAAAAGGAUGAAUGAUCAGUAUAUCACAAAUGUGCUCCUCAAAAUCAAUGCUAAGCUUGGUGGAAUGAACACCUAUCUAACAGCGGAGUAUUCUCGUUCUAUACCUAUGGCUUCCAGGUCUCCUACUAUGAUUUUGGGUAUGGAUGUGUCCCAUGGCUCACCUGGGCGGUCAGAUGUUCCUUCUAUUGCAGUGGUGGUUGGUUCGAGGAAAUGGCCCUCAAUUUCUCAUUAUCGCGCCUCAGUUCGUACUCAAUCACCGAAAGUAGAAAUGAUUGCUUCUCUGUUCAAGCCUGUGUCAGAAAAAGAUGAUGAGGGCAUAAUCAGGGAACUGCUACUAGACUUUUAUCGUUCAUCAAACAGCUGUAAGCCGGCUCAGAUAAUAAUUUUCAGGGAUGGAACGAGCGAAUCACAGUUCGACCAAGUCUUGAAUGAUGAAAUGAGCCAGAUCAUUCAGGCCUGCAAGUUUCUUGAUGAGGGGUGGUCUCCAAAGUUCAUGGUAAUUGUAGCACAAAAGAAUCACCAUACAAAAUUCUUCCAGACCGGUUCUCCUCAUAAUGUUCCACCGGGGACUAUCAUUGACAGAACAGUUUGUCAUCCAACUAACAAUGAUUUCUACCUGUGUGCUCAUGCUGGGAUGAUUGGGACUACACGACCUACUCAUUAUCAUGUUCUACUUGAUCAACUUGGCUAUUCAGCAGAUGACUUGCAAGAACUUGUUCACUCUUUAUCGUAUGUGUUCCAAAGGAGUACCACAGCCAUAUCAGUAGUUGCUCCGAUACGCUAUGCUCAUCUGGCAGCCGCUCAGAUGUCGCAGUUCAUUGACUUCGAUGAAAUGUCGGAGACUUCCUCAAGCCGAGGUGGUAGUGUUACAGUAGCUGGUGGUGUGGCGGUGCCUGAAUUACCAAAGCUGCAUGAAGAUGUCAAGAACUACAUGUUCUUUUGUUGAAGAUAUUUUGGCCUUACAAUAGCAUAUGAACUCGUGUGAUAUUUAUGUUCAGAUACUAUUUCGGAAACUACUUGUGCCAUUUAUGUUUGACGUUCUUUA